AUGCGCGUCAUGCGCGCGACGCACGAGGACGUUCGACGCGCCGCGAGCGGGUUCGUGCGAGGAGAAACGAGGGAUGAUGCUGCGUGUAGCGCCCCGCCCGCGCGCGACGCGUUGUUGUUGUGUCAACACGCGCCCGUGAUCACGAUCGGUCGACGGAAGGUCUUGGGGGCGUCGCACGUUCGUUCAUCCGUGGAAGAAUUACGUCGAGCCGGGAUCGCUCUGCGGGAGACCGAUCGGGGUGGCGACGCGACGUAUCACGGACCGGGACAGCUCGUGGCGUACCCGGUGGUGUCGCUUCGAGGCGCGGGACUCGGGGCGCGGGCGUACGUGGAGGGAUUGGAGCGAUUCGCGAGCGAAGCUUUGAGGGGAUUGGGGAUUGACGCGAGAGGGGGGUAUAAGGGGCGAGAGGGCGUGUGGGUGGGCGACGCGAAGAUCGCGGCGGUUGGAGUGAAAAUUUCGUCGGGCGUGAGCUCGCACGGCGUCGCGUUCAACGUCAAUCCGGAUCUGCGUCAUUUCGAACACAUUAUUCCGUGUGGGUUGGAGGGAUACGAGGUUACGAGCGUGACCAAUGAGCUCGGACGAACGGUAGACAUGGUGGAGGUGGAGACGAGAAUCGUGGACGCGUUUGCGAGGACGUUUGGGUAUCGACACGUUACGACUUCAAUCGAGGAUGCGAAUUAG